AUGGGAGAUAUUGCAGGCAGACGGUACAGCACAGGGCAGCCGGCAAGAGAUGCACACAAUUCACAUGCUCGAGGACGGGCCUUUUUCUAUCAGUAGUUUAGAGGAAACAGUUCCUUAUUAGAGGAGAGGGCAUCACCUUGUGGAUAAAUCCUUUCUUCAACUGGAAAAUACUUACAUUGUGGGGCUUUUUUUACGACUGAUUUUCUUUAGACUGGGGCUCUCUCGGGAGCUUUGAGUGGAUGCUAGGAUAUGAAGCAAGCUUUUUGGCUCUGACAUUGGGAGAAGACUAGAGCGAGAGAGAGGUGGUUUACACACCGAGGAAUAGGACUGAGUGCUCUGCUCUAAGGAGAGCUGACAUCACAGAACCAUGUCUGAUGAGACAGAACCGAGGAUGUGUGAUGAAAACCUGGAGUCAGACGAGGGAGACGUUGAGGACUACCUGGAGGAAGAGGAGGGAGACGUUGAGGACUACCUGGAGGAAGAGGAGAACAACGGAGAACUGAUGGACCGACUCCGAGAGCUGGAGGCAGAAAACUCAGCUCUUUUGUUGGCCAAUGAGAAUCAAAGAGAAGCAUAUGAGAGAUGUCUGGAUGAGGUGGCCAACCAUGUGGUCCAAGCCCUCCUCAACCAAAAAGAUCUGCGAGAGGAGUGCAUCAAGCUGAAGAUGCAUGUGUUUGACCUGGAGAGACAGAACAGAGUGUUGUGUGAGCUCUUCCAACAGAAGCUACCCAACCAGUCAAGCUCUCAGGACCAGGUGCAGCCAGGACCCCUCCCAGUAUACAAUACACAGCUGCUGCACAAUGUCUCUGACAAGCAGGUGGGGUCACAGUCACAGAGCGAAGCACAAGCCAAGGGAAAUGGGUUUCACCGCACACUGCCACAGGCCCCAGCAACUCCCCCCAGAGGCCCAGCCGCAUCCAUGGAUGCCCUGUCCCCAUUCUUCAAGAAGAAAGCACACAUUCUGGAGGUCCUUCGAAAGAUGGAGGAGACAGACCCCCUCAAGUUCCACCCCUCUGCAGGCAGCAUCACCUUCUGUGACUACAGCCAGGUCCUGAUGUCCACAGAGGCUGUCCUGGCUGCUGGAGACCUGUGUAAGAAGCACCAGACACUCUGCUCCUGCUCAGACUCCAACAUGCAACAACAGCAGCACAUGAAUGGUGAAGGGCAGUUAUGUCCUACGCACCUCAAAAAGAGCACAGACAGUCCAGUCAAAUGUAACUAUGUUUGUGGUAGUACUGCAAAGCUCAACCUGACCCCGAACCAUGUCAAAGGCACAUCCACCACAGCUGCUAUCAGUGAAUGCCACAUCAAGAGCACAUCAGUGGAGAAACAACAGACAAUGAAUGACCACCAGCAACCAGCAGGUCCUAACUCUUACUUGUCAAUCACAGUUGUAGAUCAGACUAGUCCAGCCAAUCAGGGCCCAGAGGCUGGAUUAAAGACUGGGCAGGUCCAGGACACAGAGAAGGAGAGCUGUCUUAAAGGGAAGUCUGAUGAGGAUGGUAGUUUGUUUACCUCCCAGCUGCCUGUCCCUGGAGUGAAGGACAACCCUCAGCUAGCAUACUGUGAGCUGGAAACCAAUGGGUUUAUCUUCUCUUCCAAUGACAGUGAUAACGUGUUGAGUGAUGUAGUUAUUCCAGAGAAAGACGGUGGCCCAGCAGAGGAGGGGGAUUUCUCUGGGAGAGCCAACGUGGCCCUCAGCCCCAUCCCUUCAUCAUGUCUCAGCGACGUCAAAGCCGCUGCCAUCAAUUCCCCGUCCAGGGUCCUCAAGUUCCUAAAGAUCCCUACAAUGGCAGAGAGGACCCAGGCAGGGGCCAGCCCUGUCCGUCUGAGCCCCCAGCUCACCCGCACGUCGAAGAUCCCCUGUCGCACUAACAACUAUGAGGUGUACCACUCCCCUGUCCCCUCACGCAGAGCCGCUACCACAGAAAGGGCCAGGCAGCCUCCUCCUCCACCCGCCAGGUCCGAGUCCUACCCAGUCACUACGCACUCAGCCUCAGCCCCCACCUCCCCGCCUCAGCCUGAGGACAACUGCUCCCCUCCAGCCAAGGAGCUUUGCUACAGGAGCCUCUUAGCCCCCAAGACCAGCAAUGGUGUCCCCGAUCCACUGGCCCCUGGCACUUCUCACACACCCAGGGCCUCUUCGCAGAAGGUCCCGUACUAUGAGAACAUGUUGGAACUUUCCACCUCGGCUCAGGUAGAAGAAUCCAAGGUCCCAGAGAACGUAAACAUAUCAUCUCAUACCAUAACAGAAAGUGACAGGAAGCAAAUUAAUUCACUACUACAGAAAGACAAUGUCCUGUUUCUUCAGCAGCAGCAUUUGUCCUCCGCUUCGGACUCCUCAUCCUCUUCCUCGUCCUCCUCAUCUUCGUCCAAUCAGGAUGGCAACACAGAGAGCCCAGUCUGGCACGGCCACCACAGUCUGCCCAACCCCACUGCCCUCAGAGCAGCUCAGUCUCAGAGCAGCCCAGCUCACUAUGCCAGCAUGAAAGACAGAGGAUCACAGGACCAGGAUACUAGAGAGGCCACAAUACAGAACUCUGAUCUCUCCCAGUCCCAGCCUCCAGUUCUCCCAGCCAAGAGACAUGAUCCCUCGUCCAUUCCCAAGAGGCCUUCUGGGGUAGCAGGGUCAGGGAGUCAGCCAGCCGAGUCUAGUCACACAUUCAAAUACAGGCUGGCUGCACUUGGCAAGCUGAGGAGCUCAGAGGACUUACAAAUCAAUGUGCUCCUGCCAGUAGACAAGCCAGAGCCUCAGAGUGAGGAGAGUAUAGUCUAUUUUAACGAUGACAGGAAUAAGACAGAGGAGAGCCCUGUGGAUGGUAAUUUAGAGGAGCAGAGACACUCGAAAUAUACAGACUCUCUGGACGGUAAGCUUAAAGGUAUUCCUGGUAGCGUUGCUUUGAAUUUCCCAGGUGGCUGUCAGUCCUAUGAUCCAGCAGCUAAGUCUCUCUUUGGCUCUUCAGUCGCCAAGGCAGAGCUGGAGACGCUCUCAUCCAGAGUGGGUGUGGUUAAGACGGACAGCCCCAAAGGUAAACUGGGCCUCCCGUCUCCAAACACUGACACUCCCAUAGUUUUACGCAACAACAUGAAAUGCCCGGCAUCUCUGAACCUGUCUUACCAUGGUAAACAACCUGCACCCAGCAUCCCUUACAGCAGCAGCAGCCCCAGCAAGGUCCCUCCUAAGUCCCCGUCUAAACCGUGCCAGGGCCUGGCUCCCUCAGCUGGAACUGGGAAGCCCACCCUGGAGGCCCCAGCCCUGGUCCCCCGGUACUCCUCCAAGUCAGAGGACAGGAGCAAACUCAACGCAAACAAGAGAAACACCACAGUGUACGGUGACAGCCUUCCUCCCCCGCUCCCAAUGCCAGAACCGCAGCAGCAGGAAGAGGAGAAGAGACACCUUCUCCCUAUUGUCUCCAGCCCCACACUUGGCCCCACGUCAGCCAUUGAGGAGAAGGUGAUGAAGGGUAUCGAGGAGAACAUGCUGAAGCUGGCAGAACAGGACAGAGGACAGGUUACUGAGGUCAAACUGAAGGCCUCUAACGGGAUCGCCAGCUGGUUUGGCCUGAAGAAGAGCAAACUCCCAGCUCUCAGCCGCAAACCAGACAUACCACCUAAGGUCAAAGACGAGAAGAAAGGUGGAGAGUGGAGGCUGAAUAUCCCUUCCAAAAUGGCGGGGUCUAAGUCUAAAGGAGAGGGGGUGGGGGUGGAGAGCCUAAAUAUCUCGAUGCUGAUGGAGAAGGCAGAGGGUCUGAGGAGAGCUCUGGAGGAGGAGAGGGCCUACGUAAACGGGGUUGGGGGGAUCGGGAUGGACCGGUCUGGAAGGGGCCAUUCCUGUGAGGUGGUGAUGGACCAAUCACAGGGCCAGCUGGCUGUGAUGUACAGGGGAGCGCGCUCAGACAACUUCAUGCAGCAGCUACUGAACAGGGUGGAUGGGAAGGACUUCAGUGGCAUCAGUGUGGCUCAGAGACGCCUCUCCUUUGACUGUAAAACCUCCAGACCGUUCAGCAGACACACCACCAGCGGGGAGGACAUGCAGAAGGGUUCAGAACAUCUGAUCAGCAACGUCCCCUCAGAUGACAAUUUAGCUGACCCAGUUCACUCUCAUCACUUCGCAGCUUCUGGUGCCUCCACCUACACCCUGGACAGUGGCAUUGGCACCUUCCCUCUGCCUAACUACUGUAGUGGUACGCCUGGGAGAAGCCUGUCUAAGGUGAGGGGGGCUGGAGCUGAGCAUGGCUCCUCUGGUUCUCCUGGCCGGGCAGGGAGGAGGGCUAGGACCCUGGACAGAGAGCCCUCAUCCAUGGAGCAGUGCUAUCAAUCUCACAGAGAGAUGUCUGCCCCGGUAAUGUACGGGUCUGUACUGGAGGGGAAAGGCAUGCCCAGGCAAACAGCUGGGGUCAUUCAUGAAGACACAGAAGCCUAUGGAGCUCACAUGCUGUCCCCCCGCUCCAAGACCUGGACCUUCCCCAACCUGAAGACCCCUGCAGGGCCCACUGAGAUGUACCUGGCUGUGGAAGAAGAGGUGGAGACGGCCCCCUAUGGAUCCCCAUUCAGAGGGAAGGCCUGUGGUACCUCUGGAUCUCGUAACAUAGACCCCAGCAGUCUGCCGGUGCCGGCCCAGACAGGGCUGAGCCGACGGGGGAAGAUCCGCAGUGCACCCAGUGCCCCAGAGAUGGGCCUUGGCCGGGAGACAAGCCUGGAGCUGGUGAGGGAGAGGCCUGAGGAAGCCCUCUCUCCCAGCCGCCCGCAGGUCCUAGAGACCCCAGAGUCACUCAGUGACUCUCUCUACGACAGCCUCUCUUCCUGUGGCAGCCAGGGAUGACUUGCAGAUCUUACUAUGGUGCCAACUGACCCACCUUAGUGGAAUAUGGACUGUGCUAAGAUAUACCCAUUUCACACUAUCGUACCAACCUGAACCAAAUUGGGCUGGCUCCAAUUCCAAAAUAUUCUUUUCAGAAUGGUUCUAGCUAUUAUGGCGGAUGCGUAACCAGGCCAGCCGGAUACAGCUUGGUCCGACCCAGCUUAGUUUGUCUCAGUAGUGUGAAAAGGGUACAAGUGAUGCUGACCAUCCUUAGAGGAAUAUGGACUGUGAUAAGAUGGUGUCCCCUUAAGACUUUCAUGUUUGCUUUCUCACCAGCUACUGUAUGUUUCAAGGUUAACUGGAAAGACAAACCUCUCCUCAGGAUAACUACAACCCAAAGGAUAGACUAUUCACAAUAACACUGUUUUAUGACAGGAGAGAAUUGGACAAACACACUGCUAACCAAAAUAGCUAUUUAUAUAAUUGUAGGAUUAUGGAAAUGGUGUGCUGAACGAUUAGGACUUUGAGGUCUUUUUGGUUCAAUUACCAAAAAAGAAUACCAGUUUGAUUUCAAUUAAUUAUUUUGCUAAUUAAAUGCUGUAACACAGAAUAAAACAAAGUCCAAUGAUGGUAGUUACAUUUGAAAGUGACUGCCCAUUACUGCACCAUGUAUUCACAUUCAUUUAAUCAAAUAUUUCAGUUGUGUAUAUUACCUUAUUAUUCCAUUCCAAGUCAUCUCAUCUCUAUUGAGCUGCUGCCUAUGCUCUGACAAAAUCCCUAUUUUAGAAGUUCAAAAUAAAUAAGGCAUAUUUUUAUGACCGCUGAAUACCAACUAUCAAUCACUUAGAUAAUGUAUGUAGACACCUCAGGAAGCAAGUGCUCUCUAUCCCUAUCGCGCAUUCUUCUGUCUGCCUCACACUAACCUAAGGUAGCAUGCCUAAAAGAAGCAGACCGGCCAAGUAGCUGCGCAAUGUAUUAUGGUCAUUGUAGUUAAUUACCACGGUUUCAGCGCGAAAUUAUGUACUUUCCAACAGUUCAAUAUUCUACAACUCCCUACUACAUUGCACAGUUCGGGCUUGAACCGAUUUAUCUCUAGAGAAACUGCGCAAUGUGGGCAUUGAGGUCAGAAAACAACUAAAUGGAAUUCAAAUAAUUGAACGGAUGUCAGUCCAUUUGAAAACAAAAAUAACUAACAUUUCAGUUAAUCGCUUAGUAAUAGGUAAUACACAUGAUGACAAUAUCGAACAUUCCCACAAAAAAAUAUUUUUAUGUUGAAAUUGAAUGUCUUGUUAAUUAAGUCUUACGCCAACCUUCACCUACAGAGCGCUGGAACACUGAACAUGCAAGGACUCAUUAACAAUAAAUCCUUAUCUUUAUCAGCACACCCAAUGUACUGAAUCCUUCAUCUUGAGCUUCAUUUUUCACUAUUGAAUAUAUUUAAUUUUAUGUCAAAGUAUUUGUUGAUGGGGUUAAGAUUUUCUCUAACUGCCAAGAAAGCGUUUAGUUUAGCCGACCAUUCUUUGAAGGUAAUAUGCCAGCAAUAAUAUUGUCCAAUUAAUGAUAUAUUUAUUUUUUAUGUUAAAUCAACUGCAUAUUUGUAAUUGUCCAUUUUAUUUGUUAACUUGUAAAUGCAGUCACCUGGCUAAAAUAGAUUGUUUAACUUUGGAUGUCAUAAUCCGUGCUUCUACACCUGCAUUGCUUGCUGUUUGGGGUUUUAGGCUGGGUUUCUGUAAAGCACUUUGAGAUAUCAGCUGAUGUACGAAGGGCUAUAUAAAUACAUUUGAUUUGAUUUGAUUUGAACAGCUAAGAUGUCAACAUUCUUUUAAAAAUGUUUUUAAUUAUUUCUUGUUCAUGUGUUCUCACUGAAGCACAAAUAAAAUGAUACCAUAUA